AUGUAAUUCUUAUCAUAUUCCAUAUGCUUCCUAUUACUUAUUGCAUAAGUCAAGACAAAUUAUGGAAAUAACACAUAAUGUGAAGAAUAUUUUGGAAACAUUACCCAAGCCAUUUCCAUGGGUGAAAUGCCAAAGAAUUUAUCACCAUAAACAAUUCUAAGUUCAGGAAAAGGACUUUAAGAUUUAGGUUCCUAUCUGGUUUGUAGAGAUUCAUCAGAUUUACAUUACAUUCAUCUGAGAAUGCUAAGUGAAGGUAAACCACUACAUAUCGGUUUUUGUUUACCAUCAUUUUGUGACAUGGAAUACCUCUAGUCUUACAAUGAAAUAACAAAAGAACUCAUCAAUAAUCUUACUGUACUUCUACAUUAUUUACUUAGUAAUUUCAAUACAAUAAAUCAUUUAUUGACAGUGUUUCUUACUAAGAUCCAGAUCUAAUGUAUCCAGGAUGGAGUGUUGGAACUUAUUUGACUCUUAUUUUGUUGAUUGUUGUAGUGGCUCUCAAUAUUAUAGGAAGCAUCUUCUCAAUUAUAGCAGAAAACAAGAAAUAAGCAUAUUAGGAUGAUUUAAAGACAGAAAUGAAAAAGAAAGCAGUUUAGAAAAUAAAUGAGUCUAAAAUUGAAGAAUCAUCUAUAAAAGAAUCAUAUAGAAGAUCAGAAUUGAUUUGUAAAUAAAAUUUUAAUAUAAUAAUUAGAAAAUGAAAUCAUGGAGAAUUAAGAAUCAGCUUUCAUGAGUGGUAAAGGUCAAUUUGAAGAAAUUAAAUAUAAGAAAUAUAAAGAAGCCACUUGGGAAAGAUUUGCUUUAAGCUUCUCUUUUAUACAUAAUUAUCAGAAACUAUUUAAGAUUAAUGAACCAAAAGGUGAGAAUGCAGGUUUUGUCAUUUUUAAUGGAAUAAGAUCAUUAUCAAUAUUUUGGGUUAUCUACGGUCAUGAUCAACUUAUUCGAGGAGCUAAUUCCUUCAAUUUGAUAGACAUUCCAUACAAGGUUACUGAACCUGGAUGGCUAACACUUGCACCUGCAGCAUAUUUUGCAGUUGAUACAUUCUUUUUUGUUGGUGGAUUCUUAGCUGCUGUAUUAUUAUUGGAAAAGUUAACCAAAUUAAGGACUAUCAAAUUUUCAUUGGUGCCAGCUAUGUGGUUACAUAGAUUCUUAAGAAUAUGGCCAACAUAUGCAUUUUGUAUAUUAGUCUAUUGGCAAUUAACUGUUUAUUGGUCAGAUGGACCUAUUUGGAAUGAAUACUUAGUAUUUACUUCAACUUGCAGUACUUAAUGGUGGAAGAAUCUUCUAUUUAUUGACAAUAUGUUUUCACAUGAUGCUAGUGGAUUGAACUAUUGUUUUGGUUGGGGUUGGUAUCUAUCUAAUGAUUUUCAAAUAUUUCUAAUCACUCCUAUUUUAUUGAUUAUUUAUGCAAAAAAUAAAAAAAUUGGAUUAGCAAUUAUCAUAUCAUUAUUAAUAGGAAGUAUAUUCUCAGCCUAUUAUAUUGCUUAUUCUAAUGAUUUUCAUUUAUAAAUGGGCACUCCUAAUGCUAAACCAUAACCAGAUUAUCAAGAUAUAUUUUAUUAUAAACCUUGGGUUAGGAUUUCUCCAUAUCUUAUUGGAAUCUUAUUUGGAUUCUUCUAUCGUAAUUACAUAAGUGGAUAAAAUAAAAGAAUGGUUGAUUUAGCAUAGAAAAUAAAGGAUAGUGUGUUGAUUAGAACCUUAUUUUAUGUUAUUGGAAUAGGUUUAACUUAGACAAUAAUUUGGAUAAUAGUCCCUCUUUAAAAAGAUAUGAAUGCUUGGCCUUAAUAAGCCUAAUAUUUUUACUAAGCCUUUAAUAGAGUAUUUUUUGUCUUAGGUGUUGGAUUAUGUAUUACUCCUGCAUUGUUAGGUUGUAAAAAUGAUCCAUCUAGAUUUAUGUAUAAAAUUGAUUAUAUAAUUUUAGACUUGGACAUCCAUUUUGGUAACCUAUAGCCAGAAUAUCAUUUUGCAUGUAUUUAACACAUUUUAUAGUGAUCUUGUUCAUGACCUUCAGUUCAACUUAAUUAGUUUAUUAUCAAUAUUCACACAUUCUCUAUUUUACCCUCACUGAUAUUGUAUACACUAUUAUAAUAGGAGGUCUCUUAAGUUUAGCCAUAGAAGUAAAUAAUAUUUAUAUAUAUUCUAGGUACCUUGUAUGAAUCUUGAGAAGAUUCUAUUUGCUCCCAAGAGACAAGAAAUUUCAAAGUAGAAUGGUAAUUAAGUAAGAGAUGGGAAUGAUUUAUGA